UGCGUUGCGUUAGCCGGAGCUUGUAUUGUUCGUUAGCCUAGCUUAAUCGGCGAGCUAGGUUUGUGCAAGCCUUUGCACACUUCAGAGGUGUAGGGCACACCGGUCUGGACAAAUGUGUAUUUUGAGUGCGCCUGGGGUUUGAAACUGACUUGCUUUGAAAACUAUUGAAUUGAAUGUUAAUUAGUAUGGAUUUAGCUUGAGCUUCUUCGCCCAGUCUUCAGCGACGAUGUCAAAAAGGCCAUCAUACGCCCCUCCCCCUCCCCCUGCCCCAACAACACAAAUGCCUUCCACCCCAGGGUUUGUCGGCUACAACCCUUACAGCCAUCUGGCCUACAACAACCUCCGGCUGGGAGGGAGCUCCGGAGGCUCCAGCAGGAACUCCUCAGGCAUCACCGUCCCAAAGCCUCCCAAACCUCCAGACAAGCCACUGAUGCCUUACAUGCGGUACAGCCGGAAGGUAAGCAGGAAGGUAUGGGACCAAGUGAAGGCAUCCAACCCGGACCUGAAGCUGUGGGAGAUUGGAAAGAUUAUCGGAGGGAUGUGGAGGGACCUGACUGAUGAAGAGAAACAGGACUACCUGAACGAAUAUGAAGCUGAGAAGAUUGAGUAUAAUGACUCUUUGAAGGCGUACCACAACUCUCCAGCCUACCUGGCGUACGUUAAUGCCAAGAACCGUGCCGAGGCUGCGAUGGAGGAGGAGAGCAGGCAGAGGCAGAGUCGUAUGGACAAAGGAGAGCCGUACAUGAGCAUUCAGCCGGCUGAAGACCCUGAUGACUAUGACGAUGGUUUUUCAGUGAAACACACGGCAGCAGCUCGCUUCCAGAGGAACCACCGGCUCAUCAGUGACAUCCUUAGUGAGAUUGUGGUUCCUGAUGUCCGCUCAGUGGUCACCACAGCCCGCAUGCAGGUCCUUAAGAGGCAGGUCCAGUCUCUUAUGGUGCACCAGAGGAAGCUGGAGGCAGAACUUCUUCAGAUUGAGGAUCGCCACCAAGACAAGAAAAGACGCUUCCUGGAGACCACAGACUCAUUCAACACUGAACUCAAGCGGCUCUGCAGUCAGAAGGUCGAGGUUGACAUGGAGAAGCUAGCAGCAGAGAUGGCAGCUGCUGAAGAGGCAGCCAGGCGCCGGGCAGAGGAGAGGGAGCGUGAGGCAGCCGAGCAGGCAGAGAAAGCGGCUCAGCAGGCUCAGCAGCAGCAGCAACAGCAGCAGCAGCAACAACAACAACAACAACAACAACAACAACAGGAAGCUGCUGGAAACAAAGCUGCAGAGCAGAGCAGCACUAAUGCUAGCAGCACUGCUAACCCCGCCUCAGGGACCAAGGAGGAGGACAAGCCCACUCCAAUGGAGACAGAUGAGGCAGCGCCUGCAGAGCCCUCCUCAGACCCCCAGCCUGCUCCACCUCCUCCACCUGACACCCCUUCUUCUGCCUCUGAUAAAGCAACUCCUCCCCCUGAGCCCCCCAGGGAGAGCACCACUCCUAGCAGCAGCACCCCCAGUGAUGACAGCAGCAACAGCAUGCCCCCUCCACCUUCAGACAGCACCCCCGGAGCAGCAGCCCCAGCAGCUUCAGACCCCCCGGGGGCUCAGGAAGCCAGCCCCAGUGCAGGCAACCCUAACAUGGCAGCAGCAGCAGCAGCACCUCCUCCUCCUCCCCCUGCCUCAGAAGAACCAGCCCCUCCUCCACCACCACUACUGCCCCCCAACCAGAGUAGCCAACAGUAUGAUAUGUAAUAGUUUGUUUAGACACACAGUGGUAGCUGUAGACCUUCCUGUGCUGCAACUCUCCUGUACUCCUCCUCUGGAUGGAGCAGCAGCACUGUAGUUGUGCAGCAGGUUUGGAAAACAUGGACUGGUGGUUCUAUCAUAGCAGAUGUUGGGAAUGAGAAUGUUUGGGGGUCCGUUAGUAAGGUCAGUAAGUAGUUAAUAUACGUUUCAUACAAGAGUGAUUCAGGAUGUAGGGUUUCAUCAUCCUGCAGCUGGACCAAACUCCUUGUAGGAGAAAUUAGAGGUGAGAUUAAAUCUGCGUACAUUUCCUGCAAAUGUUUUCAGAAUGCCUGCUUUGGUCAUGUGAAUGAGUUCAUUGAAACGUCACCAAAGAGUACCAAAUUUGACCCGAGUGAGUUUGUGCUCCAGGCAUUGUGCAAGCUAUUCCUCUUCUCACUUGAUGGAUUUUUUUUGUGUGUGUGAAAUAAGGACAAUACAGUGUGUAAUGAGGAUACUAGAGAGACAGUAAAAUAGCAAUUGACCAACAUUAACCCUAUUGGCUGCCUAGACAUCAUAAGCAACUAUCCAACUCAACACUUAACAUCCUUCUUAUUACUGUCUGCUCCUGUGUUGUCCAAAAUCCAUCCCAUUUGGUCUUUUUUUUUUUUUUUUAGUCCUCAGAUACAGUUUCAGUCAGCAGUGUUCACAUUCACAAGAUCAGCAGUAAUACUGACCUGUGACCCAGAUCACAUGUCUGCUUGGAUUGAUCAAAAGUCCUUUUUAUUCUCCGUCACCUUGCUACUGUGAGAGGGGUACUCAUUACCAGCUGCAACAUUGCUGAAGUUUGUUGUCUGACACAAACCAGGAUAAAGUGAUGAGGUUACGUUCUCUGUAGAAGCUAAACUGGAGUUGCUUAUGAUGCGAAGUCCUGCUGAUGGUUGUAUAUCAUAUACAUACAUAGUUCUAAUGUAGACCUCAGAACUCCCACUGUGUAGACUUUAUACUGUUGUACAUGAUGUGGCUGAAAUGUUUGACCUGUAUAUUCCUCAGUCAUGAUGUAUAAACCUUUAAAUCAGCCCUUUAUAUUUUUCUGAAUUAAGACCACAGCUGUAUCCUCAAGAGGUUUUAUGACAUAAUUCUUGUCUGAAUUCUCUGAAAGCUCAACGUAUCAUGUGGUGAUAAAGUUCAACCUCGCAUGGAAGGACCUCAACCUGCCCCCCCCCUCCACCUCUCCCUUAAAAACCUCAGAAUUUUGUAGUUUAACAGUUUGUGAUUUACAAACUUCUACUUUGUGUUUUUAGAAAUCUAGUACAGCCUUUUUAGAUAAAAGAAAUUCAGUCUUAGUCUUAAACCUGUAUUCUUAAAUCAGAUGCCAUUUCUAACAUGUUUGAGUUUGGCUGGGUGAUGACGCAUCUUGUGUGUGAUGAUAUUUCAGGUCUGAAGUUAAGUCUGGAGAAAGCCACAUUUAAAUGAUUUGUACACACAUUCUGCAUGCUUUACUAACAACAAAACCAUAAUCCUGCAAGUAUUUGAACAGUUACCGAUGACUUGGAAUCAGUCAAGGAGUUGAGCUGGAGGAAAACAUAUUUGUCAUGAAAUGUUUUUUAUAAUUUUCAGUGUUUCAUUUCAAAUGAACAACACACGAUGUGCAUCUUGUCAUUACACUGACAGCUUUUGGAGUAUCUCCAAGGUGCUUUUUAAAAUAUGUGGAUGAUAAAAUGACCUGUGUUGAGUAUAAGAAUGGAUGUUCAACACGCACCUGUAUUCAUCACAUUUAUGUAGAAAGUGACAUACACAUUAGCAUCUAAUCUGUAAGAGCUUCUCUACAAGUUGAGGCUUUUUUUUUUUUUAAAGCUAUUCAGACUACGUUCCUCUGUUAGACUGCAUAUUCCUGUUGACAUGACAACCAUUUAACUUCACCAGUUAAACGCUUUUCCUCAUCCAAAUGUAACCUCAGUCAUUUAUGCAUUUAAAGGACUGUUUUCUUACUUGAAUUGGACUGUUUUUAGUAAUAUAACUGUUUGGGUUUUUUUUUUUUUUGCAUCUUUCUUUUGUACUGUCUGAACUUAUCUAUCCAAAUAAAAACAAUUUCUCAGUCUUUCAA